AUGUCAAAGUCCUGUGAGAUCAUCGCUCGGCACGGGAUGCAGCGUCUGAUAGUGUUGUCGGUGGCGGUGUCGGUGGCUCUGGCUCUCCAUCCUGAAGGCGUCGGCUGCCAGCGAGGAGAGGACGGAGCCACCAUGGAGAGAGCAUCGCCCCCUCGGGUAAUAUGUACAAACACAAACCCAGCACUACUGGGAGGGGAUGUCACCCUAACGUGCGAGUUUCAAGCUCAUCUGGAUGUCCUGCAAGUCACCUGGCAAAAGAAGAGGGGGAAGGACACUCAGAACAUGGUGACCUGCAGUGACAAGUACGGCAUCAACAUUGCCAGGCCGUUUGAAAAGCACAUCACCGUUGUGAACACGAGUUCAGUGACGUCGUCUAUAAGGAUCUCAAAGCUGGAAAAGGAAGAUGAAGCUUGCUACAACUGCCUGUUCAAUGCCUAUCCAAAUGGCGCCUUUACCGGAGGCGUUUGCCUGAAUGAUCUCCAGCCGAUAAAUGAAGUGUUGUGUAAUGCACAAGGUAAUGACCUCAGAAUAGAAUUGCUUCCUCCCGAGAUACGGAUGCGUCAGUCUGUUCAGCUUACGAAGAGGAAAAUCGGCGUACCGGAUGUUUUCACUGUUAAAGGUCAAUACACGGACACAAAUAUCAACCCAGAAUGUACGUUCCAGCUAGAGCGAGCGAAAAGAAAGAAGCGGAACACCCAAAAGGGUCAAAAACAUCCAGUGGAAGAUGCAGACGAGGUGGUUUUCGUUCAGUGCACGGCCUCUGGCACUACGAAAUGUAUAAUCACGUGGCACAAUGAAGGACAACCUGUCAGCCAGGAAGAAAAAGUGAACAGAACUGGAAAUAUAACCACAGUGACUAGUACAUUGGUCCACACAGUGUCUUCCUUCCCUGCUGAUAACAACAUGUCCUGCAGUAUAAGCCACAGUAGGUACAAAGAGUAA